AUGACUGCUAUCACAUGCCAUGAUAUCGUCAAUGGUACUACUCAACUCAAUUGUACCACUACUCCAAACAAUCAACAAACAGUCCUUGGAAUUUCUGCCUCUGUCAGGACACCUGUUCCAUAUAAUGGGAUGCCAGAUGGCUAUAUUAAUCAGCUCUCUUUGCCCAACCUUCAAUACUUUUGGAUGACCACUGAUAUGAAGGUUGGCGUACAGAAUACAACAGCCAGCUUACUCUCAAUGUUGGAUAUUCCAAUCAAUAGUAAUCUAAAGGAUAUUAGUAUCUAUGGGUCGAGUAACUUAUCAUUACAGAUACCAUCUGAUUUUCCAAAGUACAUUCCACUCAGUACCUUUGGUCUUCAGAGUCUAUCAGUUGAUAGAGAUAUUCCAGAGAGCAUUUUCAAACGUGUUGGCUACAUUGAUAUAACCACGAUCCAAUACUCAAGUCCAACUGCACAGAUUCAUUUUAAUUCCAUGUCAACUUAUGAGAAUGUUUCAACACUCAAAUGCUCUUCAACUUCCAACACAAUAAUUGUCAAUAUCCAAAAUGGAUCAUCUUUGUUGUCAAUUGACCUAACACGAGUUGAACUGACUCCAACUGAUCUGACAGGAUUCAAGAAGCUGGUAGGAGUAACAUUGAACACAGUCAGCACCAGAGUUCAAGUCAAUCAAUUGAAAUCACUGUUCAUAACCUACUCUAAUCUGACCCAAUUCCCACCAGUAAACUCACUAAUAUCUACCGAUCCACAAGGUGAUGAAGUAACUUUAUAUGUUCCAGACAAUAACUUGGUUGGACCAUUGCCUGUGUAUAGCAAGUUGACAUAUAUAUCAGUUGCAAACAAUCCAUUGUUUGCCAGUGAUAUUGAUCCAUACUAUUGUUCAGUCAGUCUUGGUCAGUUUAACUUUUUAGGCACCGCCCUCACUGCCUCAAACAUACCAAGUUGCUUCUUCUGUUCAUGGCCUAGUGUUCAAUCUGCAUUCCCACCAACAAUUGUAAAGCCAGUAGUAGACUGCAAUGCAUUGGCAGUGAUCAAUAAUGUAACAUAUGUGAUGACAGCUGAUGAGAUUGAAUUCUACAUCAGUGGAAAGAAUCUUGGAUGGGCUGUGAAUGGUGAUUCAGAUCCAAGACUUGUUGGUGUGGUGGCCAAUGAACUGUUUAGGUUCAAGCCAGGUACUUGGACUGGAUCCACCAAUCUUGUAUUCUCAACAGCAUCUGGAAUAUCAAGGACUAUAUCCUGGAACACUGAUCUUGAGAAACACUUUGAUCAAUGGAUUAUAAGUUUGAAGGGUACAUUCAAUACUUCAUCAGAGUACCAAUACUCUGUUUUGGUGAAUAAUGUAUGGAUCAAUGCUACGGUGACAGACACUAUAUUGACAUGCUAUGUCAAUGCAUCAUUCAAGAACUUCACAUCAUUGAUCUCAUUCUUUGACAUCAAGAAUCCACUUAGAAUCAUACCAAACAAUAAGUUAAGACUAUCAAUGUAUCCAUCGAUAUCAUCAUUCACAAAGACAACUGAUGCAAGCCAGAAUGUAACAUUCUUUGGAUACUUUGGUAACUUUAUUGCCAAGUCAUCGGUGACCAUCAACAUGUUUGGUUGUAAUGUAACAUUGAUUGACAUGACCAAGGUAUCAGUCAACUGUUCAUUCAACUCAAUGAUCAUUGGUUAUGCCAAUUUAUCAAUCAUUAUCAACUCUGAACCAUUCAUCUCCAACUCUACUCUUGCAAUAUUCCCAUCUGUUGAAGGAAAUGAUUGUGGAAAUCAAUCAAGUUGUAAUGGAAAUGGUGCAUGUGUAGCUGGAAAGUGUCAAUGUAAUACUGGAUUUAGUGGAUACUAUUGUGAAUCACAGAUCAGAUCGGAAGUUGACGUGAUACCCUCGCCAACAAAUCCUACAACUGUGAUCACUUCCAAUGGUACAGGAUUCCAAGUCAACAUAUUGGCAAUUGAAGAGCUUGACCUUAUGGGUGAGAUCAGAUAUACGCUGCCCACCACUCAAUGGAUAUCAUCAUCUUCAUCAACAGGUACGAUCAACACCAAUACAUACAUACUGGACAACAUCCCCAAAAACAUUGAUGACGAAGACCCGACACCAUUGAAUGUCACCAUCAAACUCGAGGAGUCUAGUCAAGAGAGGACACUGGUCUUUGCUGGACAGAACAUUACAUGUACCCCCAACUCACUCAAGAUGACGAUCAACAUCAACAACUGGCCAUUCCAAUCCAACUUGCAUACAUUGCGAGUGGUGCUGUACAGGAAUGGAUCAUUGGACAAUGAUACCAGUCCAUGUGGCACGCACAAUGUAGUGUCAACAGACCCCUAUCGCAACGUACAAUACUUCAAGGUAAUCACACCCAAUGGCCUCGAGCUGUACGGUCGCUUCCUGCCCUACGCCUUGUCAGAUGGCCGUGCAGCACUAUCGCGUAACGAAGUGAUCAACUCGACCAACGAUGGCGGCACACUCAUUGGUAUCAACCUACCACAUUGUCUACAACAAUGUGUUGUUGAUCCUGACUUCUCGAUACUGGUUCAGUCUGAUCCCAUCUCGCCAUUGUCCUGUAUGACACCUGAACAAGCUGCAGCAUUGGAGAAUCGAUGGAAGAUACCAGUUGCUGUCGUUGCCUCUGUUGUUGGUACAGUGAUAAUCGCUGCUGUCGUUGCCAAAGUGAUCAUACAUCACCUGCAUGGUCGAAGACUAUUAGAUGUAAUGUCACAUAAGAUGAAGAAGUUGACCCGUGGCAAAGAUUCUGGAAUUAUUCGAUUGUAA